CCGCCUCAUCACCCUCUCUCCAAGUUCCGACUUCUGCGCUAGUCCGUUGAAAGAGGAUUGACUAGAACCGCAAUGAAAUGCUAACAGUAAGUUGGAUACAUACGUUGCCUUUGCAUCGUUACUAGGUUUAUGGCUAUCCCUGGCAGUACCCAGUCCCCGAACUUUACCACUUUUGACGGACUUAGUAUUCUUUGGCAGGGCCUACGUCAAAGCUGUUUAUAUAAUGUUCCUGACAGUUUUGGCCGUUACUAUCAACAGACAUUCUCAUAAUCCCCAGUUGAACACUCUCGGGAAGGGAAAGAGGCCCACAGAUAUGGAGUGUAUCCUUGACAUAUGCUAUCUCCGAAAAUGGUUCUUCUCGCAGUUCCUUCAAAUUCCAUCAAAGAGGUGGGUGAUGGACUGUGAUAGACAGCAACAGGCAUUUUCUUGCAGGAACCUUAAAACCACAAAUAUUUUCAAUAGUCCUGCUAUGGUCGAUUUGGAGCGAGCAAUGUUGUCCACGUCUCCUGAAGAUUCUCCUGGAAUUGACAUGUCCGCAAUUUUCGCUCCUUUUUUCUGGGGAUUUUUCGUCUCUAUAUUCUUGGGAGGAAUCACGAUUGUUCAAGCAUACAUGUACUUCCCUCAUCCGACGGAUAGGAAGAGCGUACAAGUACUUGCGGCCAGCAUGCUCAUCCUUGACCUGAUUUCUUCCGCCCUUGUGGCGCAGUCACUUUACUACUACCUAAUUCCCCAUUUCGGAUCUACUGCGCCGUUGAAGACAAUCACACCUGAACUGUCUGCGGAAUGUUUGAUAUCGGGCAUUUUGACUUUCACCUCUCAGAUGUAUUUCGUCUAUCAGAUUCAUUCGGUGAAGCGCACUGGUAUUCUAGCCUGGACCAUCCUUGGAGUUUUAACCCUCUUUGCCGUUAUUACUUUCGUUGGAGGGAUAGGCUGCGUCGCCACCAUGUAUGUAUUUGCAUAUGGAGUCCUUGCGGAUCGAAGCAAAGACUUUUCGAUCUUCUUCGGUCUUGCCAAGGGUUUCGGAGCAGUGACGGAUAUUAUGGCAACAAUCGCAAUGUGUACGUAUCUUUCUAACGCCAAAACGGGUUUCAGUACCCAUACCGACAGCCUUAUCAAGGGCUUGAUCCAGUAUAUCAUUGAGCGAGGAGCUGUGGUGACACUCAUCCAAACUCUUCUGUUGAUCACUUUCUUUGCUUUCCCCAAUAAUUUGUACUGGCUGGCCUUCCAUAUCAACGUGACCAAGUUGUAUGCUAACACAUUCUUCUGCAUGCUCAAUGCUCGAAAAAACUUGUGGAAGAAGCAUGCGCCAAAGAAUGAUUCAGCGUUUUCUUCCAGUGACAUUGAUAUCCGAAGCACUAGGAUCGAAGGUUCUGGGAAAUCUUUUGCGUUGUCUUCUCUGCAAUCGCGGGAUCAGAGGGGCCCUGCUGAAAUGCCCACAAUUACCAAGUCGGUUGUGAUUGCAGAUGUAUAGGCUGUUUUCGCACACUGGCCCGGGCAUGAAGAAUUGUACUGCGUAAUAUCAUCUGCAGCGCCUCACUUCUUAAGUCUUUUGUCUGAGAGAAAAACUUUCAUACCUUUUCUAUCCUUUUGGUUUAGUGAUCCGGAAUCGGAGGGCAUUUGGGGAUUCGUACACAUGUAUUUAUAUUGGUAGUAGUAUGAUGGCCAUUAUAGUUAUGUUGUUUGUUCUGUUUAUUUUACGAGGGUCUGGAUUACUGCAGGUUUAGGUCGCUCAAUAAGCCUCUUUCAGACUUCUACUACUAUCGAGGGGUAGCAAGAGGCUAAAGAAUGUGAAUCGCGACUACGGAAUAGUACGGAAUGGAAUAGUACGGAAUGGGAUACUUC